UAAUUUCUUUGUACAGCUAUCUGGUCAAGCUAUUGUGAAAGCAAAAUAUGUAAUAACAUGACGUCAUGGAGAUACCUAACAACUUCAAACAGUUGAAUUCAAAGCCAUCUUGAAAAUGACAGACAAGAUAUUUGCUCUAAGAAAGGCGUUGACACAAUCUGAAAAGGAACGUCGACUUUUUUCUAAAAAAGGCAAAACAAACAGUAUAAUACAAGGAGCGAGAGUGGUUGAAUGUCAGCAAAAUGCAGUAGAACUCCGAAAAUUGAUUCUCCAAUGGGAAACUCUGGAGAGACAAAAACGAAAAGCAGUAUCGGAUUUGAAUACGGAGAUGAACCUGACAAAACUAAGCUUUAAGAAAUUGAAUUUGAAACCUCAAAAAUCGAAUGAAGAAGAAGAUUUAGAAACUAUUACAAAUGAAACGAAUCCCGUCGGUUUUCGAUUUAGAUCGAAUGGUGACAUUCGGGAAACACAACACGUUUCGAAAACGGCUAUGAAACCAACAAUUGAAGCUUUAAAAGGGCAAUCUGAUAUUCAACAGACUAGCACAAGAUCAAAAUCGAAACAAGAAGAUGAGAUUUCAGGUGAAUCACUCGUCACCCCAUUUGGAGAAAGUGAUGAAAGUGAUGAGUCAGAAAAAAUCGAUUACAAUGAAGAAAUUGCAAAAUUAGAGAAAACUGUCAAAGAACUAUCAGAAGAUGUCCUGAAACGAUCGAAUUCUAAAGCGGCUAAACAGUAUCUAAGAGCACAUACUCGUGAAGACCAUAGCAGUUCAUAUGCGGAUACAAGGGCCCUACAUUAUAUGCAAAUGCAUCAAAACGAUCGUUGGGCCUCCCUCCCAAGUAGAACUGAUUUCGGACGGUAUUCUCGUACCGACAGACAAAUGCACAAAAAAUAUUCACUCAAGGCUAAUUGUGUCGCCUGUGAGCUUAGACUGAAACAGAAUGACACCGAUAAAAUACAAAGUAAAUCCCUUAACAAACCCUGCGGUAGAAAAUGGAACAUCACGUCUCGGGUCAAAGAUGAUUCAAAGAAUAUUGGGUCGCAGUGGGAUAUGUCGUAUUUGAAAAGCAAAAUGAAACGCCAGGCAGAUGAACGGAAGAAGCGAGAAGUAGCUUCGUAUGAAGAUAGUUCCAAAGAAAAACAAGAAGCCCCCGACAUUGACACAAGCACUCAAAACUAUAGCACAUUAACGGUGGAUUUUUGUAAAGCUCCAAAGGUGUGGUCACGUUCUGAGCACGAUACAAAAUCUGACCGUUUACGUCCAAAAACAGCACAAUCUUUAAGAACAGAAGUUCACUAUCAUAGUACAGAGGAACGGUAUCAACAUAUGAUGCAAAGAGCAUUGUUAUCCAGUCAUGAUGGGGAAAGUUUCGAUACACUGAAGGGCUCAAAUGCUUCAAAAUGCCGAUUGCAAAGUGCGCCUAAUAUUGGCGCGUCGUCCGCAAGGAGCAAAUCUCAAAUGAGUAGACGAGAAGUUGGAGAAAUUCGAAAAACGUACAAAGAAAAACUUGUGGAGAAAGCAAGAAUGGAUGCAAAGGCAAGCGAUGAAAGGGUGAAUCAUUUCCUGAUGUCGCUAAAAGAUAAAGAAAAUAUUGAUGGAAAAAGUACGAGUUCGUUAAACCAUAAAUCAAGUGGGGCAUCAAUAGAGAGUGGAGACAGCAGUGACAGUACUGAAUACAUUCCAUAUAGAAAGUCAGCAUGGACAAGUAGCCAUCCAACACUCCAACAAAAGAUGGCACCACGGAUGGUAAAAGCUGACGAUUUUAAGAAAAAGUCCGCGUCAGUGAUCAAAUCAAAUCAAUUGAGAAGGACAAGCACAUCACUGUUUCAAAAUGAAUCAUCAAAAAAGAGAAGGAAAGCACUGACAUUAGAACAAUCUUUUAAAGAACUAAAAGACUGUAGAUAUCUCAGGAAUCCGUCAAGACCAUCGGUUGAUGAGUAGCAUUUCAAAAGUCACUGAGUUGCGUUUUACAAAGCACAAUUACUGGAUUGCAUUUCGCACUUAGUGCAAUAAUUUCUGUGUUCAUGAUUAUUAUUUUCACAUCAUUUGAUACACAUUUAUAAGAGAGUAGAUGCUACGGAUCAGUUUUAUUAGAUCCAAGCCUAGGGUUGGAUUCAAUCCAAGAUUUGAAGGCUAUUUUACAUGUACAGGUCUCAUAAAAUGUAUUCAUGCCUGUUUUUAAUUCAAAUUAGUUUAGAAAUAAUACGAUUCGGAUGUACCAUGGCCUGUGAAUGUGAAAUAAAAUGUGAAAAUAAAUGAUUUCAAAAUACAUCUGAAAGAUCAAUCAAAAAUCAAUCAAAGUUUCAAUCAUAUUACUGUGAGUUCAUUAUGUUAUGAGUCUGUUCCAUGAUUAUUUGGGACUUGUACAACCAUGGGCUUUCAAGAGAAGGGUAUAAACAUGAGAAAUUCAAAUGAGCAGUGCCAUGCUUCCCUUUUUAUGAUACUAUUUCAAAAAGUAUUAUAUAAAUGUAUAUGUUUUAGUAUUAUCUUGAAUAAAAAUCAAUUUUCAAUAUGAUUAAAGCAUAAAACUUGUUUACUCUCUUGUAGAAGUAAACAAAAAGACCAAUAAGAAAAAGAGGUAUCAAAAUGUUCUCUUCAAGUAUUGCAUUGUGGGUAAUUAUUCCAGAUUACAACCCAAUAAAAACAUAAUUUGUGGGAG